AUGAACUCAACAGACCACCUUCAGGAUGCCCCCAAUGCCACCUUGCUACCCGUACCUCACCAGCAGGGAGCAAAUGGCACCUCUCUCCAGGAGGACCUUCAGGAUCUCAUCCACACCGCCACUUUGGUGACCUGCACUUUUCUGCUCGCACUCAUCUUCUGCCUGGGCUCUUAUGGCAACUUCAUUGUCUUCUUGUCCUUUUUUGAUCCAGCCUUCAGGAAAUUCAGAACCAACUUUGAUUUCAUGAUCCUGAACCUGUCCUUCUGUGACCUCUUCAUUUGCGGGGUGACGGCCCCCAUGUUCACCUUCGUGUUAUUCUCCAGCUCAGCCAGCAGUAUCCCGGAUGCUUUCUGCUUCACCUUCCAUCUCACCAGUUCAGGCUUCAUCAUCAUGUCCCUCAAGAUGGUGGCAGUGAUUGCCCUACACCGGCUCCGAAUGGUGUUGGGGAAGCAGCCUAAUCGCACGGCGUCCUUUCCCUGCACCUUGCUCCUCACUCUACUUCUCUGGGCCACCAGUUUCUCCCUCGCCACAUUGGCUACCAUGAAAACCAGCAAAUCCCAUCUCUGUCUUCCCAUGUCCAGUCUGAUGGCUGGAGAAGGGAAAGCCAUUCUGUCUCUCUAUGUGGUCGACUUCACGUUUUGUGUUGCUGUGGUCUCUGUCUCUUACAUUAUGAUUGCUCAGACCCUGCGGAAAAAUGCUCAAGUCAGAAAGUGCCCCCCUGUAAUCACAGUUGAUGCUUCCAGACCACAGACUUUCAUGGGGGCCCCUGUGAAGGGAGGUCGAGAUCCCAUCCAACGUACCAUGCCGGCUCUGUAUAGGAACCAAAAUUACAACAAACUGCAGCACGUUCAGACCCAUAGAUACACCAAGAGUCCCAACCAGCUGCCAACCCUUGCAGCCAGCAGACUCCAGCUGGUAUCAGCCAUCAACCUCUCCACCGCUAAGGAUUCCAAAGCCGUGGUCACCUGUGUGGUCAUUGUGCUGUCGGUCCUGGUAUGCUGUCUUCCACUGGGGAUUUCCUUGGUACAGGUGGUUCUGUCCAGCAAUGGGAGCAUCAUCCUUUACCAGUUUGAACUGUUUGGAUUUACCCUUAUAUUUCUCAAGUCAGGACUAAAUCCUUUUAUAUAUUCUCGGAACAGUGCAGGGCUUAGAAGGAAAGUGCUCUGGUGCCUCCAAUAUGUAGGCCUGGGUUUUUUCUGCUGCAAACAGAAGACUCGACUUCGAGCCAUGGGAAAAGGGAACCUUGAAAUCAACAGAAACAAAUCCUCCCAUCAUGAAACAAACUCUGCCUACAUGUUGUCUCCAAAGCCUCAGAAGAAAUUUGUGGACCAGGCUUGUGGCCCAAGUCAUUCAAAGGAAAGUGUGGUAAGUCCCAAGAUCUCUGCUGGACAUCAACACUGUGGUCAAAGCAGCUCAACCCCCAUCAACACUCGGAUUGAACCGUACUAUAGCAUCCAUAACAGCAGUCCCUCCCAGGAGCAGAGCAGCCCACAUAACUUACAGCCAGUAAACUCUUUUGGAUUUGCCAGUUCAUAUAUUGCCAUGCAUUAUAACACCACUGAUUUAAUGCAGGAAUGUGACAGCACUUCAGUCAAGCAGAUUCCAGUCUCCUCUGUCUGA